AUGCUCCGACUUCCAAGAAUCUUGAUAUUUGUCAUAAGCAAUGUAAAUCUAAGUAAGUAUUAUUAUUAUUUAUUUAAUUUUUUUUUGGUAUAUUUUCUUUUCCAAAUAAUACUAUUGUCCAUUACAAGACAAACCUCUUUCCAGAUUCACUGGUUCCUCAAAAUGUCUAAGUAUUUUCUAUAAAUUAGAAAUCUUUGUGGAAAUUGAAAAAAAAAAUUAAAGAAAAAAAUAAAUAAAAUUCAGUUGUUUCUUUUUUACUGUAAUCUUUACUUAAGUUUAUUUUGUCAAUAGUUUUUAAUAACACAUCUUUUAAACAGGAUGUCUCUUCAAAUGACACAACAUUACUAUAUUUACAGGAGUUAUUUUGGCUGAGUGGUUUUCAGUUGGAACACCAACCUACUUGACAUGCACCGUGGCACAAACAAGGUUUUCAUCCAUUUCCUGGCAAGAUCAACAACUCCGGCCAUUAUUCAACUGUGACAUCAGCAGCACGGCCAACUGUGUGGCAUCUGACAAUCUCACCCUUGAUUUGUACGAUGCAAACAUCACAUCCAACUCAUCAACACUGACCAGUGUGUUUACUAUCAAGUCUGUCACACCAUCUCACAAUAACACUAGUUGGCGCUGUCAAGCUAAUUAUAACCCUGGUUCACCGAUAGUCACGACCUAUAACAUAAUUGUUUUUGGUGAGUUUUCUCACUUGUUUUAUUAAUUAAGUUUAAAAUGUUAAAAAAAUUUUUUUAAUUAAUGUCUGCAAUAGAUCUGAAUAUUUACUAGCCUACCUUUUUUAAAGUAAAGUUUAAAAUCUUUGUAUUUAAUUCGAAUCUCUACAAAAAUAUAAGCUAUUAAUUGAAUAAUCUGAACUUAUAAAUAUUUUGUAAUGUUUUAAUGUAACUGACUUUAUAAUAAUUUUAUUUUCUUUUAUAAAAGCUCCUGCCGAAACACCCAAAUGUCUCAACGUCUCUCUUCUUAAUGAAACUGUCGUUGAAAUCACAUGCAUCACAG